AUGGACAAUGCACGUGAUGCACUAAUUGAGUCGUGGCUGGCUGAAGUUGAUAUCGGAAAUGAUGUUUAUGAAGCUGAAUCGAGCUCCGACGAAGAUGUUGAUAAUUUAGAAGAGGAAGAUCAUCAUCAAUCGGAAUCUGAGCAAGAGCAAGACAUACCAGGUGAGGGAUCUGACGAAAGUUCUGAAGAAGAUAAUCCACCUCAGCAACGCCGCCGACGCACGGACUUUUACAGGGGAGUAGAUGAUACAUUAUGGUCGAAAACAGUUCCCCUAAAUAGAGGUAGAAUACGAAGUCAUAAUAUAGUGUUUGUACCCCCAGGGCCGAAAGGAACAGCUCGCCAAAAAACAACCCUAGAAGACUGCAUGUCACUGUUUUUUGAUGAUCGUAUCAUCCACGUCAUUACCAAAUAUACUGAUAAGAAAAUUGAUUAUAUCGAGGAGAAAUAUAGAAAAGAACGAGAUGCUACACAGACCAAUGAAACUGAAAUUAGAGGUUAUAUAGGAAUAUUAAUAAUGGCUGGAGUAGUUGGAAAAAGGAAAAGUACUGCUAUUAUAUUUGAACAUGUAAAACACACAGGGAUCGACGCCAUAUAUUUGACAAUGUCGGAAAAAAGGUUUAAAUUUAUAACAAGGGUAUUAUUUUUUUUUUCGAUCUUUGAUGAUAUUGAAGACCGCCAAGACCGUGCCAGAAUUGAUAAGUUAGCCCCGAAACUCAACCCACUACCUCGCAAGGUACAUCGAGCAAUGUUGUGCGCCGUUGCCAUGUCUGUGGAAGAGCGCGAAACAAAAGUACUAGAAAGAUGUGCACCAAGUGCAGUAAGUUUGUAUGUGGAGAUCAUUUAA